GCUUUUCUUCUUGUAAUAACCAUGAACCCUUUAGAAUCGGCGGAGUUCAGAAGACAAGGCCAUAUGAUGAUCGACUUCAUAGCAGAUUACUACAAGAACAUCGAAACUUACCCAGUUCUAAGCACCGUCCAACCGGGUUAUCUCCGAACCCGUUUACCCGAAUCCGCUCCAAACAACCCGGAACCCAUCGAAACCAUCCUCAACGACGUGAAUCAACACAUAAUUCCGGGCUUAACCCAUUGGCAGAGUCCGAACCAUUUUGCUCUCUUUCCCAGCAGUGCCAGCACUGCCGGGUUCCUUGGUGAAACACUAGCCGCGGCACUCAACGUCGUCGGCCUCAACUGGGUCUCAUCUCCCGCCGCUACCGAGCUGGAGACCAUAGUCAUGGACUGGCUCGGAGAAAUGCUCAAACUCCCUAAGUCCUUCCUCUUCUCCGGCACCGGUGGCGGCGUUAUGCAAGGGACCACGUGUGAAGCCAUUAUUUGCACACUCGUGGCGGCGAGAGAUCGGAAACUUAGCGCUAUCGGACGAGAAAAUAUUGGAAAGCUUGUUGUUUACGGGUCGGACCAAACCCAUAGUGCAUUUCAAAAGGCCUCCAGGAUCGCUGGGAUUCAUCCGGAGAACUGCCGGAUCGUCGAGACGAAUAAAGCUACGUCUUUUUCCAUGUCGCCAGAGAUUAUUCGGCGAAUGAUAAUCACCGACAUGGAAGCUGGGUUGGUACCGCUCUUUGUUUGCGCCACGGUGGUGACGACUUCAACUACAGCCGUCGACCCUCUCGGACCGAUAUCUGACGUGGCGAAGGAUUACGACAUGUGGGUUCAUGUCGACGCUGCUUACGCCGGAAACGCAUGCAUUUGCCCGGAGUUCCGCCACUUCAUCGACGGCGUUGAGGGAGUGAACUCGUUCAGCUUCAACGCGCACAAGUGGCUCUUCACCACACUCGACUGCUGCUGCUUAUGGGUCAAAGACCCGAAUGCAUUGACCAGAUCCCUAUCGACAAGCCCGGAGUAUUUGAAGAACAAAGCCACUGAGUCAAAGAAGGUGGUCGACUAUAAGGACUGGCAGAUAUCCCUGAGCCGGAGGUUCCGAUCCCUUAAACUCUGGCUCGUGCUUCGUAGCUACGGCGUCGAGGGACUCCAAGGGUUUAUCCGAAGCCAUGUCAAAAUGGCGAAGCAGUUUGAAGCUCUCUUAGCCUCGGACGACAGAUUUGAAGUUGUCGUUCCGAGGAACUUUUCAUUGGUCUGUUUCAGAGUUUCUCCGUUCGCCAUUACUAAAGUCAAACUCAUUAGUAAAAAUCAUCAUCAUCAUUACGAGAUCGGAAACGACGUCGUUGGUAAGAAAGAAGAGUGUUAUGUUAUCAAUGGUAAUGCAGAUUUAAGGGACACGUGCAUAAAUGAGGUGAACAAAGAGCUGCUGGAGUCGAUAAACGGGUCGGGUCGGGUGUACUUGAGCCACUGCGUUGUGGGUGGAGCGUUUGCGCUCCGGUUGGCAGUCGGGUCAACUUUGACGGAGGAGUCUCACGUUGUUAGGGCUUGGAACGUCGUGAAAGAACAUGCAGACUCAGUAUUAGCUAAUUAUAUAUAG